AUGAAGUUCUUCGCCGCUGCCAUUGCUCUGCUGCCCGCUCUUGGGUCAGCCCACACCAUUGCCCAGCGUGUCCGCGUCAACGGCCAGGACUUUGGUCUAGGCAACGGUAUUCGUGUUGCCUCGUCCAACAACCCCAUCACCAACGUCAACGAUGGUGCCAUGGCUUGCAACACCGGUGUCUCUUCUUCCAGCAAGGUCAUUGAUGUCAAGGGCGGUGACAGGGUUGGUGUUCAGUGGGGCCAUGUCGUUGGAGGAGCCCAAGGUGCCAACGACCCAGACCACCCCAUUGCCAAGUCGCACAAGGGUCCUGCCAUCUUCUACAUGGCAAAGGUCUCCAACGCAGCCAGUGCCUCCCCCUCUGGCCUACAAUGGUUCAAGGUCGCCGAGGAUGGUCUUGAAGGCACUACCUGGGGAGUUGACCGCAUGAUCUCCAACAACGGAUGGACCGAGUUCACUGUGCCAUCCUGCAUUGCUUCAGGCCAGUACCUCGUGCGAGCUGAGCUGAUUGCGCUCCACAGUGCUAGCUCUGUUGGCGGUGCACAGUUCUACAUUGGAUGUGCUCAAGUCAACGUUUCAGCCUCAGGAUCAAAGACUGGAACCACUGUCAGCUUCCCUGGCGCCUACCGGGCCGACGAUGCCGGUAUCAAGGUCAGCAUCUACAACUCUCAAGGUCAGCCCACUGGCAACGGUCAAUACAAGAUCCCCGGCCCAGCCAAGCUUCAGUGCUAG